AAAUAAUGCUGAAAAAUGAAUGAGUAUUGAGGAGGUUAGUGAGUCAAAGGGUGCAGUAAAUUAGCAGACUUGGCAGACCCAUUACACCUCUCUCCCUCCCUCAUUAGUCAUUACACCCCUUGCCUCUUCUCUACCAUUACCUAGUAUGCACUAGUACUCUCUCUCUCUCUCUCUCUCUCUCUCUCUCUCUCUGUCUCCCCCUCUCCCUCUCCCUCUCCCUCUCUCUCUCUCACACACAGUGACACAGAGUACACGCAGGAGUACAUGUAUACUACUCUUUCUUGAAGCUAUGGCUGCAACACACAGAAUGGCAUCACUAAUCUUCUCGCCCUUUCUCUUCUUUCUUGUAAUGCACCUUUCCCCUUCAAUGGCAGCUACUGAAUGUCCUUUAGAUCUGACUGGAUCAAACUUUAGUGUAACUGCAACCAUGUGUUCUAAUAGUGAAGAUAAAGGAAAGUGCUGCCGCUACAUAAAUGCGUUAAUUGCUAUUUCGGUUGCCCGAUAUGCAAAUUCAACAAGCAACUUAGGUGUUGCACCGGAUUUAUCUGAAAUAUGUCUCCAUACCAUUUCAGAAACGUUAGGAUUGUAUGGAGUAACAAGGAAUGCAACAGCCUUUUGUGGCUUCGGGACAAAAAUACCUGUAAAUUAUGAGUGUCAGGGUCGAACAACAGUCACACAGAUGUUGCAAUCCCCAAGGUAUACUGAUGUCAGUAAACAUUGCAGACUGCCAUUGACUGAGAAACGUGAUUGCAGAAAAUGUAUAAAUGCUGGUGUGGCAUACGUACGUAAUCUAGUGGGAGCUGCAAAUAACUUGACAUUAAGCACUUGUAGGGAUGCAACUUUUGUUGCCCUUGCAAGCGAAGUUGAUAACACUUCUGCUGUCAAUAUUGCAGGCUGUUUUUUUGGGGUCCAGGCGCUUAUUACUGCUCCAGAACCUUCCCCAUCUAUACUUUCCCCGAAGGCAUCUCCAAGUCCACCAGUUGCUUCUAGCCCCGGGCAGCUUUCAUUGAGUGUGCCCUUCAAAGGAAGUCAUCAUCACAACCAUCUCUCCUUAGUUCCUGCUCUGGGCAUAGCAGUUACUGUUGUAGCUACUACAAUGUUGGUUGUCUUAAUUUUUCUCAUUCGUAGGAAAAGUCGAGAGCUUGAAGAUACUGAAAUUACUGAUAAAAACUCAAGAACCUUCCCUCAGCCUACAAGAAAAUAUCAAGAAGGUCCAUCUAUGUUUAAAAAGUUUAGUUAUAAAGAGACGAAGAAAGCAACAGACAAUUUCAGCUUUGUGAUUGGGCAAGGAGGGUUUGGCACUGUGUAUAAGGCUCAGUUCAGUGACGGUUUAGUGGCAGCAGUGAAGCGAAUGGAUAAAGUGUCAGAACAAACAGAAGAUGAAUUUUGCAAGGAAAUAGAGCUUCUUGCUAGACUUCAUCAUCGCCAUCUUGUUGCUUUAAGAGGUUUUUGCAUUGAAAGACACGAGAGAUUCCUCAUGUACGAGUUUAUGGCAAAUGGAAGCUUAAAAGAUCAUUUACACACUCCAGGUAGGACACUAAGUUGGCGGAAUAGAAUUAAAAUUGCAAUAGAUGUGGCAAAUGCUUUGGAAUAUCUACACUUCUAUUGUAAUCCUCCUCUGUGCCACAGAGACGUUAAGUCCAGCAAUAUCUUGCUGGAUGAGAACUUUGUUGCGAAGCUUGCAGAUUUUGGCCUUGCACAUGUUUCAAAAGAUGGUUCAGUGUUUUUUGAACCAGUAAACACAGAUAUAAGGGGAACCCCAGGUUAUAUGGAUCCAGAGUAUGUUUUCUCUCAAGAGCUUACUGAGAAAAGCGACGUUUAUAGUUAUGGAGUUGUACUGUUAGAACUAGUGACUUCAAGACGAGCAAUCCAGGAUGACAGGAACUUGGUAGAGUGGUCUCAGGCAUUCAUGGCAUCUGAUUCGACAAUACAUGAGCUUGUUGAUCCCAAUAUUGGGGAUUCAUUUGACGUGGAACAGCUUCAAGCGAUUGUUUCAAUUGUGAGAUGGUGUACUCAGUCAGAAGGUCGUGCUAGACCUUCUAUAAAACAGGUUUUGAGGCUAUUGUACGACUGCUCUGACCCAAUGCAUAGUGACUUUGUCGAAGCUGUGGAAGAAGAAGAUUAUGAAGGAACAAGAGGAAGGGGGAGUAUUAGUAAGAGUAAAAUGCAAAGCUGGGAUGGAAGGUGUCUUGCUUCUUCAUCAAGUACAUCUAGGUCUUACUGUAGUAGAAGCUUUCUUCUUGAAACUGGCUCGCCACAAUCUCCUUCCAAUAUACCUUCCAUAUAAAGAUCAACCACUCAUUUAUACCGAAAUUCCACGUUAGUACAUUUGCUAACCUUUGGCAGGAACGCAUUGGUGAGUAAGUAUGCAGGUGGGCAUAUCCUAGCAUACACUAUAAGUGAACAUUCGGCUCGGUGAUGCAGAUUGGUAUUAUACCGAAAAUUUUAAUCCGGUAUAUGGAAAGAGUUUUAAGCAUCUGUCACUCAGCCUUUUCAUUUAGCAAAAGUAAGAAAAAUAGGUGAAAAAAGUUGUCCAGGUAUAAUCAGUUGGAAACAACCACCCUUCUUUCUGCCUAGCGGUAUGGGCUUUGUGUUCAUUUUGUAGAUCAGAUCAUAUGAAUAUGAUAGUAGGAUUUUUUUUGUUUUAGAGAUUUGUUGUGGAAUCUUGUGGUAACUGGUAAUACCCUAUAUUAUAUACAGUAUUGUAAUGGUUUUGCUUGUAUUAUGAGAUUUCAUUUUAUGGAGGAUAUGAUAAAGGCCUCAGACCAUAUUUGUACUAA